CCUGGCUCUGACUCACUGGGCGCUCUGUACAAAAACAACAAAGAAAGCGUUGCUACCACACCGAAUCUCAGCCGGCUGUUCGAAGUUUAGUCGAAAUAACUGUGAUUCAGAACAGGAACUCCACGUCGAGCUCCACCAACUCAGUUUGUAGUAGAACGCAGCGGAGGCCGCACAAAGAUGACAGACCCUCGCAUCCGGCAGCUGGUAAUUAAGUCCGGAGUCGUCAGGCGGCUGACCAGGGAGAAGUACUGCUACGCCAAGGAAGUGGUGACCGAGCAGGCCAGGAUGGAGAAGCUCAGGGGCGACGGAGCCGACGACCACGUACUGCGCAAGCAGGAGGAGGUCAUCCAGGAGUGCAUCAUGAUGGUGCCCGACUCCAAGAGAAGACUGCAAAAGGAGUACGAGGUUCUGGAGAAGUACCUCGCCGAUGAGCAGGACCUAAAGGAGACCGAGGCGUAUACGAAGGCAGCAGAGAUCCUCAAAGCAGCCAAAGCUGAACUGGAGGCCUAAGACCACCCCACACCU